AUGAGUGACGAGGAGCUCGGUCUUGACACGACUAUUCGUUGCAUCAAUGUUAAAUCUUACAUCUACAUUAGAGACAACAAAGAUGCAUCAGAAAGGGAAAUCGAGAUAGACCCUGAGCCAGUUUUCAGGCCGGAGACAAUAGUAACACGGGCAAAUGUUUGCCAUCGGACCAUGGACUACAUGUACAUGAUCAAGUUUUUGUGGGGUCAGGAACUAAACGAUCGGAGCUUGAUUAUUUGGAGCUAG